UUUAGCGUUCGAGAAGCAAAGUUGUGUUGAAUUACGGUCAUACGUUUAAGUAUUGACGCUAUUUGUCUCUAUCUUUUUCUACUGAUUAAAUAGAGACAGCAAUAGUCAAAACGUUAACGUAUGAUCGUAAUCAUAUGGCGUAAUUCGACCAGUUUUGAGAAUCGUUCGAAGUUUCAUUUUUGUCAAACAGAAGGCUUCGUGAUUCUUCUGCGGUACAAUCGAAAACGGCAUAGUAACAUAUCUAAUGCAAAUAAUAUGAGGUACCUACAUUUGCUCAGCCCGGACAUUGCAAAGUUAAAUAAGUAAUUAAAUGGACGACUGGGUCGCACGCUCUUACACUUACGAUUUUAAAAUGUGUGUCACUGUCUUAAUCGUCGUCUUCCUAGCGAUAUGUCUACUUGAUGUCUUGUGGAAAAAAAAACGAAUCUCGAGAUUAAAAAAUAUACCCAGUCCCAUUUCUUUGCCUCUUAUUGGAUGUAUUUGGAUAUACAUUGGGAAAAAACCCGAUGGUAGAAAAUCCUCAAAAAUAUAUCUAAUAACUUUGGCUAGGGAUCUUCCUAAAAAAUAUGGCAAUACAUUCAGAGUUUGGAUUUUUAACAUACUUGCUAUUUACACAUCAGACUUGAAAGAUAUCCAAGAUAUCUUGAGCAAUAAAGCUGUGACAAAAAAGAAUAGAAUGUAUUCCAUGCUACAUGAAUGGCUUGGUGAUGGACUGCUAGUAAGCCAUGGUCCAAAAUGGUGUACACGAAGAAAAAUAAUAACACCGACAUUUCACUUCAAAAUUUUGGAACAAUUUGUUGAAAUAUUCGAUCGUCAAAGUAGUAUUUUGGUGAAAAAGUUAAAAGCACAUGCAAAUGGGCAGACUCCUUUUGAUGUUCAUGAAUACAUUGGACUAGCCACGCUGGAUGUCAUCUCUGAAACAGCAAUGGGUACAACUAUAAACGCUCAAACCGACGAAAACUGCGAAUACGUAAAAUUACUGACAAAAGUAACAGACAUCUUUGUGAAGCGCUUUAUCAAUGUUUUCUAUAGAAACGAUCGCCUUUUUGCAAUAUUAGCUCCAAGGCUCAAAAAAGAGAAUGAUAAAGUAGUCAACAAGUUACAUGCAUUUACUGAUGCUAUCAUAAAAAAACGCAAGAAAGAACUUCAUCAACAACAAAAUUUAAAAGAAACUGAACUAGACACAAAGCAGCGGAUGGCAUUUCUUGAUGUACUACUAUUAUCGACUGUUGACGGGAAGCCACUAUCAAAUACCGACAUUCGUGAAGAAGUCGACACAUUUAUGUUUGCUGGCCAUGACACAACCAAGUCUGCAAUAGGAUUCACCUUAUAUUGCAUUUCAAGGAGUCCCGAGGUACAACAAAAACUAGUUCAGGAAAUAAAUGAUGUCAUAGGAUUAGAUGUCGAUAAAGAGAUUACCUACAGACACUUAAUGGAUCUCAAAUAUACUGAGAAGGUUAUCAAAGAAAGUUUACGGGUUUAUCCAACAGUUCCAUUCAUCGGAAGGCAAACUCUCGAAGAUUGCAUCAUAAACGAUAAAUUCAUUCCCAAAGACACAACCAUACUCAUACCAUUGGUUGUUCUAAUGAAGGAUCCACAGAUUUUUCCAGAACCAGAGAAAUUUCUGCCUGAACGACAAACCCCUGACAAUCCCUAUGCAUUUUUACCAUUUAGCGCUGGACCGCGCAACUGCAUUGGGCAGCGAUAUGCGAUGCUCGAAAUUAAGGCAAUUGUAACAAAAAUUCUCAGACAUUAUGAACUGUUGCCAUUCGGAGCACCCGUACAACCAACUAUAAGUGUUGUAUUAAAUUCAAAAAACGGCUGGCAAAUGGGAUUUCGUGUGCGAGAUAAAAAUUAAAAAAAUACAUCAUCAAUCAA